CAGAAAUCAACCCAAAACUACAGUUCUAGUGACCCUACAGCAGCAUACAAAUAAUCUUGAUUAAGAAGAAUCAAACCUCAGGACUAAAACCAAGCAGUAUUAUUUACAGACUAAUCAAUGGGAAGAUAUGGUAGUAGGGUGGUGCAUGGCUUGAUUUUUACAGAUGCCUGCAAUGGAAGAAAGGAGGAACAGUCAUGACUUUCCUUCUGAAGACCCCAUGACUUCUGCUUCACCUGGAGAAACCGUCAAGGACCAGCCUUCCAGACUUUCUGGUUAUCUGGCCAAGCUCUCUGGAAAGGGGCCUCUGAGGAGUUUCAAGAACCGUUGGUUCGUGUUUGACCCCAGGAGGUGCUAUCUCUAUUACUUCAAGAACCCCCAGGAUGCACAGCCAAUGGGACAUAUAGAUAUUGCGGAUGCCUCUUUCAGCUACGACCUGGAGGCAGAAGAGGGACAGUUUGAAAUCCACAGUUCUGGAAGGGUGUCCCUGCUCCGGGCUCCGAGUAAGCAGAUCAUGACCUGUUGGCUGCAGGAACUACAGCAGAAACGCUGGGAAUACUGUAACAACCUUGGAGCUGUAAAGAGGGACAGUACCAUCCACCCUGGGGCUGUAGAGGUUCCUACAGGUCUAGUGGCCAAAGAAAGUACAGAUCUUAUGAAUAUUCCAGGCAUUAGUGAAUCGGCAGAGCAUGCUCGGAACCAGUUUGCUGUCGCGAUGAAUCCAGGAAUCCUUGGUGAGCAGAUGUCUGCUGACCAAGCGGCUAACCACCCGGCACCACUGCAGGGCCUGCUGAGACAGUGGAGUAAUGACAUCAGAAAUUCAGUGCAACAUCUCAUGCCGAGCAGAGGAAACCAUGAUGGCAGGAGGAGCGUGUUCUACACCAGUGACGAGUGGGAGCUGCUAAACCCCACCUACAAGGAACUGGAGGAAUGCCAUCUACAAGAGGAGAGGAGGAAACAUCAAUGGGAGGGAAUGAAAGGUGGCGCAGGCACGGUAUACCAUACUGAUUUUGGACGCAUCCCUUUAAAACCAAGACGCCCAUUACGUGAGAUUUUUAGCAUUGUCGGGAACCGGAACAGCACAGAAUGUCUCUCUGUGGAGUCGAUGUCAUCUGACUCGGGUGCUAAUUCACAACCUCAAACCCAGGAUGAUGAGUUGGAAAAACUAAAAAAUGAUCUCAGCAGCCAAAAGGAGCUGGUGAGGCUGUUGCAACAAUCCUUGAGGUCAUCGCAGUAUGAUAAAUAUUUUGCUAGGCCUUUCUGUGAUGGUAUUCCAGAAGACCAUCUGCAGUUAUUGCAGCAAAAAGACACUCAAAUGCAGGAGCUGAUUGUUCUCCUGGAGAAACAGACGGAUGAGAAAGAUCAUCUGAGAAAAGAGAUGGAGGAGCUCAAGAGCAGCAUCAAGGACUUAAAGGACCAGCUUAACAUGAUGAUGGAAACCAUCCAAGCUAAAGAUGAGGUCAUCAUGAGGCUAUCAAGACAGCUUAGUGAAUAUGAACAGAAUUCCCCCAAAUCAAUAGUGGCUCCUGAGAGUCUAGAUUUAACCGAACUGACCCGACUACAGGACAGCCUACAAGGCUACAAAGCACAAAACCGGUUUCUCAACAAAGAAAUUUUGGAGCUCUCUGCCCUACGAAGAAACUCGGAGAGGAGAGAACAGGAAAUGAUGACCAAGUAUUCAAAUCUAGAAGCCAAGCUGUGUCAAACAGAGAGCAAGUACCUUAUUCUUCUGCAAGAACUGAAAGCACCAGUGUAUUCAGAUGGACAGGGGCCAGCUGUGGAGGUUGUGAAUCAGCUGAUAGAGGAUGCACUUAAGGUGGAGACCUGUGAGCAUACCUUUAUUAGACCUCCAACUGUCAGCAAAUAUGACAUUUAUGGGUUUCAGAUCCUGCCAGAAGAUGAUGAGGAGGAGAAAUUAGUAGCAAAAUUAAGGGCACUAGAACUUAAGACUUUGUCACUUACUGAAAACCAUGAGAUUUCCACUGUGGUCAAAUGGGACAACUAUUUUGCAAGUACUGUAAACCGUGACAUGGUUCGUUCUCCAGAGCUUAAGAAUCUGAUCCGGAAUGGCAUUCCUCAUGAGCACAGGUCCAGAAUGUGGAAAUGGUUUGUAAACCUGCAUAUUAAGAAACUAAAGGAUGAGGAGGCUCCCGGAUACUUUCAGACCCUACUUCAGAAUGCGCUAGAGAAGCAGAAUCCAGCAUCCAAGCAGAUAGAGCUGGACCUUAUGAGAACACUUCCCAACAACAAGCACUACACUUCGCCCACCUCCGAGGGCAUUCAGAAGCUGCGCAAUGUCCUGUUGGCCUAUUCUUGGAGGAAUCCAGACAUUGGCUACUGCCAGGGACUUAAUAGGUUGGCUGCCAUUGCACUGCUAUACCUUGACCAGGAAGAUGCCUUUUGGUGCUUAGUCACCAUUGUUGAAGUAUUCAUGCCACGAGAUUAUUAUACAAAAACUCUCCUUGGAUCCCAGGUGGAUCAGCGAGUGUUUAAGGACCUGAUGAGCGAGAAGUUGCCACGACUCAGUGCACACUUUGAACAGUACAAGGUGGAUUAUACACUGAUCACUUUUAACUGGUUCCUCGUGGUCUUUGUUGACAGCGUGGUUAGUGACAUCUUCUUUAGGAUAUGGGACACCUUCCUGUAUGAAGGAUCCAAGGUGAUUUUUCGUUUCGCUUUGGGAUUAUUUAAGUAUAAAGAAGAAGAGAUUUUAAAGCUGCAAGAUUCAAUGUCCAUAUUUAAGUACUUGCGCUAUUUCAGUCGCACUGUCCUUGAUGCAAGGAAACUGAGUAACAUGGCGUUUUUGGACAUGAACCCAUUUCCGUUGCGGCAGAUCCGUAAUCGUCGGGCAUACCACCUGGAAAAGGUUAGACUGGAGUUGUCCGAGCUAGAAGCUAUCCGCGAAGACUUCAUUCGGGAACGGGAAACCAAUCCGGAGAGGCGGGACCUUAUCAGUGAUGAUGAUGAAGAUAGUUGAACAACCAUUUUGAGAAAUCUUCUUAAGACUGUUUUGAGUCCCCUGCGGACUGCAGAAAUAACGCUGGACGUAUUUCUAAACUAACAU